AUGACAUUGCCGUGCGGAGAAGACAAGAGACAGAGUGAACCGGCACCAGCUAAUCUCGCCAAACUCAGCCUUCAGGAGGCUCAGGUCAGGUCAAUAGAACGAGGGGCGGGUUUCAGCAAAGGCCUGCCGCCCUACGAGUGGCUACCGAUCGCCAGUGGUGGCUGUCAAGGCCGGAAAUCCAGCGAGCGGAGACUCAAGACAAGAUUGAGCACAACAACGCUGCCCAGGUCAAUACGAAAGCCAGCUGUUGUCAACGUCAACCCGAGCGACUGCAUAUGGUGCUUUCUACGCGGCAGCGAGGAGCAAUCAGAGUCGAGGAAAUAA